CCAAUCCAUCCCGCUCCGUCCGCGCUUCACUGGCGGACUCGACAAAACUAUUGAUUUUAAUUUUGAAAUUAUUUUCUUUGCAAUUAGACGGAGACGGACUUCGUGUGCACUCCGCUUCUCUCUGUCUUUUUCACCCUUGUUCCCGAGUUGGAGUAGAACCCUAGAAAACCGAGGAGACCAAGCAGCAGUUUUCCGAUCGAAAGGAGGGAUUUUUAAUCGAGAGGUCGAGGGUAAGAGGAGAGAAAUGUCUGGGGCGGCGCAGGAGGAGGACAAGAAGCCCGCCGAUCAGUCGGCGCACAUCAAUCUCAAGGUUAAGGGCCAGGAUGGGAAUGAGGUGUUUUUUAGGAUUAAGCGCAGUACUCAGCUACGGAAGCUCAUGAAUGCAUACUGUGACCGACAAUCUGUGGAUUUCAAUUCCAUUGCUUUCCUGUUUGAUGGCCGUAGGCUACGUGGCGAGCAGACCCCAGAUGAACUUGAAAUGGAGGAGGGGGAUGAAAUUGAUGCUAUGCUGCACCAAACAGGUGGUGGUCUGGUAAAUGUUUAUGGCUUCUAGUUCUUGAAGGAGAUUUGUGAACCUUGUAAAGCAACUAGUGGACAUGGAGUUGGGUUUGCUUUAUUGUUUAAGGCAAUGGAGUCAUCUGAUUAUGAACUCUUAUGAAUAAUCUUGUGUUUUUGAUGUUGAAUCCUUUACAAGUUAAUAUGCUGGAAUUCAUAGGCUUUACCCUUGCUGUUGGAAGAUUGGAUGCUUUUCUUGUUGCUGUUGGACUCGUGAUGAUACCAAAUAUAGAUAUGAGUUCCUGAUUUUUAA